AUGACCAGUCAAGGAGAACGGGUGCGGCUCAUGCAAUCAAAGAUUCCUACCUCUCCUAGCUUUGUUGACAAAGAAUCAUCGUUUUUCCGAAAAUGGGAUCGAUUACCUUCACCAGACGAAGUGCAGGCACGCGCUAAGGAAACCCAUUCGAUAGAGGCCCCUUAUGCGCGACCGCCAUCCGUAAUUUUCGAAGAGAUGGGCCUAUACGUUAAAUGGGGAAGCUCUGUCCAACUAUCCGAAGCUCGGUGCCUAUAUGCUAUCCGUCAGCUACCCGGGGACGAUCUUCCUGUCCCUGAAGUGUAUGGUUGGCUCACCGAAGGGGAUCUGAAAUACAUUUAUAUGGAGUAUGUAAAUGGACUAUCCCUUGAGAAAGCCUGGCCGAUGAUGGGAGACGAGGACAAAUCUGGCAUAUGUUGCGAGAUCAGGAGAAGUCUUCACGCCUUGCGACAGGUUGAACAGGAUCCAGAUGACUCCUUCGUAGGCAACAUUACCAAAGGUCCGCUUUACGACAGGGCAUUUCACGUGAAUUAUAUGCAUGAAGCAGGCCCUUUCGCUACAGUUCGCGACUUUCAUGACUGGUUCACAUUUCUCUACCGAAGGCCCAUGCCAGAUCCAUACUCGGUUCCUGUUGAACCAUUCCGCCAUGACCUCCCAGACGACUGUGCAAUCAAAUUUACUCAUGGUGAUCUCCAUCGCAGUAAUAUUAUUAUUACAUCCACGCCUCCAUACCGUCUUCUGGCGAUCGUCGACUGGGAGCAGUCUGGUUGGCUUCCUGAGUACUGGGAGGCUCGCAAAGCACAAUAUACCGCUGAUAGGGCUGAACCGUGGUCCACCACCUACCUGCCCAUGAUUUUGGACCAGUUUGCUAGUACUUGGGAGACAUGGGACUACUACACUUCCGCAAUGGGCUGUUGA